AUGCUGCUGCCAUGGAUAAACACAAGACUUCUGUAUUUGAAGAUUCAUUAUUUUCUCAUUUUUGCAGCCACCGGCUGCACUCUGCCAUACGGGUCUGCAAUUGGUCGGAGAAACGGAAUCCCUGAAGCAACCAUAGCCUACAUUUUAACUGUCACAUCUCUGCUCGCUAUUCCGUGGAAGAUUUUGAUGGGAUACAUUGCUGACCGGACGCAAAACGUAACAAGAAUAUUGUUGACACUUCAAUCGCUUGCGAUUCUUUUCCACGGCCUUCUCUAUUUCAGUGACUUUAUUAUCAAAACGGCAGAACCAAAGGGGGAGGUAUCAUGCCCAGAAGGAAACGUAACGCUUUUGAAUUCGUUCUCAGUGUGCCUUCAACCACCGGAGAAGUGUUUCGUUUCGUGCGCAACGAAUGCCACCGAAUUCAGCGAAAUCGAAGUAAGCUACAUUUUUCAGAACACCUCCGCCGUUUGCCACACUAUUUGGAAUGGUACGUCUGGUUACCACCGCAGCACCUGUCAGUUCAAGUGCCCUUGCACAGCAGGUUCGAUAGAUCAACGAGUUGUGUGGUUCUAUGCCGUGUUUCAUGCGCUGGGGUCGUUGUGUUCGGGGGCUGUUCUGAUCAUCUCGGACGCCGGCGUUUCUGAGAUACUGGCUGAAAAUGUGAGGGACUUCGGAUUGCAGCGAGCGGGAGGGGCAAUAGGCAUGGGAGCCGCUGGUCCUGUCGUGGGAGCCUUAAUUGAUGCAGCCAACCGAUGGACGGGAGGACGAUCAGGUUACCUUCCAAGCUACUUCGUCUAUGCGCUGCUCAUUAUCUUGGACAGUGUCCUUCUUUGUUGCAUGCCCACUCUUCGGAUGCCCAAGCUGUCGGUCAACUUUUUCAAGGACAUCUAUGGUGUGUUCAUCAAUGUCGAACUUGCCGUAUUCGCCUUUUGGACAUGCGCCCUCGGAGCCCUUUUUUCAAUCUACAUGUCGUACAACACGUGGUUUUUGGAGGACAUAGGAGCCUCUAAACUGAUAAUCGGUUUAAUAUCCGCAGUAAGUUGCAUAUGCAUAGAAGUGCCCUUCUAUUCUGUGUCCGGUUGGAUUCUGAAAAAAACGCGCUAUUAUCCCUCGUAUAUAUUGACAUUCUUGAUCUUCGGGGUGAGGUACAUUGGCUCUGCCUUUCUAUACAACCCGUGGUUCGCGCUGCUCGUCGAACCCGUCACCGGGGCUGCACAUCCGCUUGUAACACCCGCCAUGACUGUGUUCGCUAAAGAGGUGGCGCCGGAAGGUACCGCGGCGUCCGUCUUGUGCGUCCUCAACAUUUGCGAAGGAGCCAUCGGAAAGUCGCUUGGUACCCUCGUUGGUGGGACGACAUUCGCCGAAUUUGGAGGCCGGUGGAUGUUUUUCUACUCCGGUGUGUUCGCCGCGGGGUGCGCUCUCCUGUGCCUCGUAUCACACGUACUUGUGCAAAGGAGGACUUCGAGGCAUGGAGUCAUAACACGCGCUGAAGUUGGCAACACUGUUUGGUGCCUCGGUUCAUGGGGUGAAGCAGGUGAACGUUGUGGGGAAGCUGGAGGUGUUGCCACUGGGGUUGACUCCUCAGGGAAGUCCGCUUGA